GGGGGGGAUGUUGAGUAACAUCCUUCACGUGUGAGAGAGAAAACACAAGACGACGUCAACAACACAGUGAGACAAAAUGUCGAUCUGAAUCCUCUGGGUUUCUCUUCUUAAGGAUCCUCAAGCAGCGCGAGACCUCCACUGACUAUAAUGCUCCAGCUCGGAAGCCUGUUCACCCACUUCCCUCUCAGCUCCAAAGCUUCAGAAAGUGCCCAAGGCCUGAGUCCACCCAGCGCACAGACGCUACCUGAAUUUGUACAGCAUGUCCGAAAACUCCCCGGACUUAGAAAGGAAGAUGUUUUCUGCAAUCUGCGUGUCCCCGACCAGUUGCAGAAGACAAAAGAUGACAUCAACAUUGUUGUCCUCACUGGCCACGGGAUCUUCUGCAUCGAUGUAAAACCCUGGAGAGGCACCGUGUCUGCUCAAAACCAAAACUGGCAUGUGCGAGUGAAAGAAGAGGACCAACAUUUUACCAACACUUGCAUCGAGCAAAUUGAAGAUCCCCUCAAAGCCAUCACGACCAAGACGACUAACUUAUGCGGCCAUUUGAAGAGGAGUGGAGUGUCCGUGCGCCAAAGCCUUUUCGUCCCCAGGGUCAUCUUCCUCUCCCCGGACUGUGAGCUGGAGGACGAGCUGAGGAAGAGGAGGGAGCUGGUCUCCCACAGCCAGAUAGACGACUUCCUCAGAUCCUUCAGGGAGGGCUACAUGGCCUGGAUAUCAGACGCUCUGACUCCCUCCUGGCUCUCUGGUCAUCUGUCGUACAGGCAGAUGGAGUCGGCGCGUGAGGUCCUGGGGGGAGUGGGAACGUGGGAUCUGGUGCGGCUGCACUGUGGCGAGCAGCUGAAAGGUGACUACCAGGGCUGCCAGUACAUCGCUCUCAACCGACAGGAGACGGACACACUCGAGUUUUCCAGAGUCAAGACCCUGUCGCCUGAUUCGCUGUGGGCGCUGCUGGGACACGCUCCUCAGGUAACAGUUAAAAUGUACAAGCGCGGGUCUCAUGGCUGGCUGGGUAAAUCUCUGGGCGCCACCACCACCAUCGCGUCCAACAUCUUUGUGAUCUUCAGGAUCAGCGGCGAGGAAGCAGACGCCAAAAUCCCGGCAGGCACCAUUCGCAGCAUCAACCUCAGCAUAUGACGAAUAUGUGUGUGUGUGCAAAUAUUCAGAGGCAACAAGACAAACCAAACUCUUAAUGUAGUUCGCACAGGUUGCUAUUUUUACAGAGUGCCUUUUACUAUGCAGUGUUUGUAUUUUGUAAUGUUGUACGAGCAGUUUCAGUCUUAAUUUAUCGAGAUAAAGGAAAGAAAGGGGGGGG